AUGCUUGCAAGUGGUGUCAAUGUAGGUGAUAACGAUUAUAGUAAAGAAAUUGCAGAUUUGAGACAGAGACACAAAGAUUGCCAAUAUCAACUUAAAAUGAUUGCUAAUCAAGCUAUACAAAACAAGAAGAAAGAUGCUAAAGCACAUCAAUUGGAAGUAGAUUAUCGAUUGAAACAAAUAGCUGCAAUCGAGGCAGAAAUGCAGUAUCUCGAGUAUAUGAAGGAACAAGUUCAUCGUUUACGUCUCGACCAACAACAACGUAAAUAA